AUGGCUACCGCAAAUCCCAGACAGCCAUUUGUCUGUCUCCGUUGUCUNCCCAAGACCAAACGCGCAUACUCGACGGCGACGACACCACUCCCACCCACGCCUCCACCCUCUGGUGCAGCAAAACUGUCCACCCGCCGCUUGAUUUCCCUCCACGGUCCCGAUGCGCCCAAGUUCCUCCAAGGCAUUUUGACAAACAAUGUUAACCCUACUUCGCAUUCACCAUUCUUCGCCGCUUUCCUUACCGCCCAAGGAAAAGUGCUGCACGAUGUAUUCGUGUAUCCGACUCUGGGUUCAAACUUCCACGCCGAGCACAACAGGACCGACGAUCCUGGGUAUCUGGUCGAAGUCGAUGAGCAACAAACAAGCAACCUGCUAAAACAUCUGAAGAGGCACAAGCUACGGUCCAAGUUCCAGCUCAGGCUGUUGGAAGAGGGUGAAUUGGAUAUCUGGGCGGCGUGGAGGGAGGACCAAAAAUGGACUCCACAUACCAACAGUUCAGGCGAAGGCUCCAAUGUCGACGCAGAAGGCAAUAUCGCCAUGGUGGAUGCAAGAGCAACAGGCUUAGGCCAAAGAAUCUUGUUGCCUUCGACAAAGCCAUUGGACCAACAUGCUUCUAUGCAAGGAUUGAGCGAUGCAGGACUCGACUCCUACACGAUACGAAGAUACAUCCGCGGUGUCCCUGAAGGUCAAGAUGAGAUCCCUCGCGACGAUGUGUUACCCAUGAACACCAACUUCGACAUUAUGGGAGGCAUAGAUUUCAANAAGGGUUGUUAUGUGGGUCAAGAACUCACGAUCCGUACCCAUCAUACCGGAGUUGUGAGACGACGAGUUUUGCCAGUGUCACUUUUCGAUGCCUCCUCUCAACCGCCAGAAAAGAUUUCUUAUGACCCUGACACCGCAUUUGCAACGCCAGCGCGCGACACGGCAAUUGCGAUCGAGGGCAAGAGAGGCAAGCCGGGCAAAUGGAUCAACGGUGUUGGAAACGUUGGGUUGGCAAUGUGCAGGUUGGAGCUGAUGACUGAUUUGCAAGUCACUGGUGAACCCAGCACUUUCAGCCCCGAGGACAGAUUCUUCGUCAAGAGUGUUGGCGCUGAGGAACAAGUAUUGGGUAUUAAGGCUUUCGUACCCGAUUGGAUGAAGAGUAAGAUUAGAGCUCCCAAAUUACAGAGGAGGGUUGAGUAG